UACGCCAUCUUUCUUUUGUGUUUUUCCAUCUCCUUCAUCCACUGCUUUUCUCUUCCUCCUUCAUUUAGGUAUGGGAUUACUAUCAUACGUGAAUGUAUCUAUGUUUAUUGAUACAAAGUUCUGAUGUUAAAUUAUUCUCAUGCGCGUGUAAUUAUUAUCAUUUGAAAACGUACACGUGAGGAAUGCGUCGCUAAUUAUGAACACAUCUACGUUAUCAUCAAAUACUUUAGGACAUUCAACUGGUCAAAGAACAUCAGAAUCUCAAGAUUCUGAAUUAACAUCUAGUGGUUCUCAUACAUGCAAAAUCUUGAAUCAAAUUAAAUCUGAAUUGCAAGAACAAAAACAACAAAAACGACUUUUGAAAGAAUUGCAUCUUAAAAGAGUACAAUCCCUGCGUAAAGAAUUAGAAUACCUUAAGGCAACUGAGUGGAAGUAUCAACCUAUAGAUCGAUACUUGGAUCAAAGUUACAGAAACUAAAAAUGUUAUCUUUAUUAUAUACUCUUAUUAAUAAUGUUUGGGGGAAUAAAAAUUCUUCACAACCAGAAGAUGAUAUAAAUACCAUUAUAGCCCAGAUUGAAAAUAUUACAAGUACAAACACAUUGUUAUCAGAGAAUAAAGAAAAUUAUGAUGAAAAAACCUAUGACGAAAAAGGAUGUUAUUAUAAAACAGGAACUGUUACUUUUGUCAACGAUGAUUAUAUUCUUAUAGAUAACCAUUCUAUGUGUGAUAUAAUUAAUAUAAUGACUCGUAAACCUAAAGUUGGAGAUGUAGUUUAUUACUUAGCAUACAAAAAGAAUGAAGAUAAUGAAGAAAAGAUAUGUAAGAUUAUAUCAGUAAUGGAAGAAUCUUGGGAUGAUAGUGUUAUUAUGCCACAAGAAAGUAUUGUGAAAACAGAUAUAUUUACAAGAAAUAUUAUUGGGAAAGUUAGUAAACGAGAGGGAAGGAUUGUAUUUAUUAAUCCUGGUAACAUCUAUUUCGAUCUAAACAAGAUAAAUUCUGAAUUUGUACCUAUAGUUGGCGACUGGCUUAAGUUGGAAGCUUUGGUAGAAGUAAAUGAUAGUAAUAUUGAUUUGACUGGAGAAAUUUUAGAAGUUAAUAAAAUACAACCUUUAAGAUUUAAAUUGGAUAUUGAUAAUAUAACUGAUUAUGACCCUAACAAACAAUGCGGUACAAUUGGAAAGAAUAUUUUUUUUUAUAAAACUGCUUGUGAAUCUGGUUACAUACCUUAUGUAGGUGAUAAAGUAGUAAGUGAUUCUAUAGAAAGCGAUCAAAGGAUAUAUUCAUGGAGAUCUUUGAGUGUUGUUCCAUUAAUGCAGGUUCCAGAUAAACCUACGGAAUUACCAACAUUAGAAUCUUUCAAGUCUUGGUUACCACAACAUACCAAUCUGGAUCCAUUGAUUAAAGAUAAAUGUGGCAUAAUUAUUACCAAUGACUUAAAAAUCAAUGUAAAUUUAGAAGAAGAGAAAGAUAUAUUUGUUGAAAUACAUAACACAAGCCCUGAUAAUCAAACCUUGUGUAAAGGAGUCUUUAUGUCAAAGAAAGCACAAUCGCAAUUGUCUUUAAUAUGGCCUCUAAAAAGACAAAUUAUCGAUUUGAAACCUUUUGAAAUUAUUUCUUACCAAUUUAAGUGCAAUCCAAAAUUUGUAGGAACUUCUGAAGAAUUAUUUAUUUUCUAUUUUAAAGGAUUCCAAAUCGGAAGAGUUUUUACAAUAAUAGUUAACCCAAAAAAUAUAAAUGCUCAUAAACGGUCGAUUUAUAAAAAAGAUAACUAUGUUCCACGUAGGGAUCGAGAUGAACAAGCAAAGUACGUUCCGGGGAUUCGGCCCUAUAAUCCACCAGUUCCUUUUAAAAUCCGUACUCUUUCAUUUAAAAUACCACAACGCUUUUGGGAAGUCAUAUUAAAUAAUUAUAAUAAACCACCAAUUGAAUAUGAAUUAGCAGUUGGAAAUGAAAUACCUUGUCUUGUACAAAGACUAUCUUUCGAAAUAUAUAAAGAUCGUUUUCAUGCUUUAUUAUAUCUGGAAGAAAUUGAACAAAAUUUUAAUCUAAAUCAAUAUGACAUGGAAUAUGCUAUAAUGAGACGUUACAAAGAUUAUCUUUGUUUAGAAGUACUUGGUUUAGCAGAAAAACGGCCUUCUCUCCUUAUUGGUGAUAAAGCUAUAGUAUCCUUUAAAUGGGAUAAAAAUCAAGGUAAAAUAAAAUAUGAAGGAUACAUUCAUAAAGUGACAAAUACAGAAAUUUUUCUAAAAUUUAAUAAACGAUUUCACGAAAAAUAUAACAACGAAAUUUGCCAUGUAACAUUUAAAACUUCUACUACUGUUAUGCAACGUUGUCACAAUGCUGUUAAUUUAGCAGUAUUACAUUUAGGACCUGAUUUUCUUUUUCCUACUCGUAUUAUUGAAAAAUAUCCACAAAUAACUUUAGAUGUAAUUGAUAGCGAAGAGAAAGCACUUCAUGUUAAAAGAAAACUCAAACGAUACGAAUCAAUUUCAUCUAUAUCUUCAAGUACAACUAGUGAUAGUUCUGAUACAAUAAAAUCAUUGCCAAGAGUAUCAGUUGCAGAAAGACUUUUUAAAGUCAAACCAGUGGAACAAUCUAAGAAUAUAACAGAACAUCCUAAUUUGGAAACAGUUGAUAGUGCUACUGAUUAUCACACUAAAAGUAUUAGUAAUUUUGAAAAUAAUAAAGAUAAUGAUAUAGAUAUAAAUAAGGAUAAAGAUAACAAUAAAGAUACUCUUGACUUGUUUGUAACUCCAAAUUCUCCUAUUACCAGUAAUGAUUUGACAUUAGAUGAAUGCAUUUCACAAAUAAAAAAACGAAAGUUAAAUUGGUUUAAUAAAAAUCUAAAUUAUUAUCAAAAAGAGGCUAUAAAAAAUAUCUUAAAGGGAUUAGCUCGUCCAUUGCCAUAUGUGAUAUUUGGUCCACCUGGUACAGGAAAGUCUGUUACUUUAUGUGAAACAAUUCUACAAUUAUUAACAAUUCUACCUGACAGUAGACUUUUAGUUGCUACACCAUCAAACAGUUCAGCAAAUUUAAUGUUGGAGAGACUAUUGGAUAGUAAUGUUUUGAAACCUGGUGACGUGGUACGACUUAUAGCGCAUCAUUGUUUAGAUGAUGGUACCAUCCCAUCAAAACUACUGCCUUAUUGUGCAACUGUAAAUAUAGGUCUAGAAGGACCACAUGAUCAAUCAGAAUCAUUUCAUCGAAAAGUUAAUUUUACUGACACUAUAAUUGGACGUCAUAGAAUUACAAUUGCCACUUGUUCAGCAUUAGGAGCGUUAUUCAAUGUGAAAUUUCCUCGCAAUCAUUUCUCUCAUGUACUAAUAGAUGAAGCAGGCCAAGCAACAGAGCCAGAAAUUAUGAUACCGUUAAGUUUUAUUCAUGCCGAUUAUGGACAAGCAAUUCUAGCAGGUGAUCCAUUACAACUUGGUCCAGUUGUUCAGAGUAGAUUGGCAAAACAUUUUGGUUUUGAGGAAUCAUUUCUUUCAAGAAUACUUCAUCAAUUUCCUUAUCAAAGAGAUCCUGAAGGAUUUGAAACUGGUUACGAUCCUAGACUCGUAACAAAACUUGUUAUGAAUUAUCGAAGUUUGCCAGAAAUACUAGAACUGCCAAAUUCAUUAUUUUACAACUCCGAAUUGCAACCAAAGAUUUCAUGUAACAAUAGCGAUGAAGCGAAUCUUUUACAAUUACUAGCUGAGGAAUUGCCUGAAAGGGCAGGAUUACCACCAGCUGUACUUUUUCAUGGAGUAAAAGGAGAGAAUUUAAGAGACAACGAUAGUCCAAGUUGGUAUAAUCUUGAGGAAGCAACACAAGUAUAUCUUUAUCUUUUAAGAUUCUACAAAUAUGGAAUUUCUGCAGAUGAUAUUGGUAUCAUAACCCCUUAUCAAAAACAGGUUAUGCAAAUUCGACAAUUACUUUUGGAAUCAAAUAUUACAUGCCCAAAAGUCAGUAGCGUUGAAGGAUUUCAAGGGCAAGAACGAAAAAUAAUAAUUCUCUCAACAGUACGAUCCUCUACAAGUUUUAUCAAAGAAGAUAUCAAACAUGCUUUGGGGUUUGUUGCUUCACCAAAAAGGUUAAAUGUUGCAAUUACUCGUGCGCGUGCUUUAUUAAUUAUUCUUGGAAAUCCUGAAUUAUUAGUUGAAGAUCCAUACUGGAGAAGUAUUCUCCUUUAUUGUCUUGACCGAAAUGGUUAUACCGGAUGUAAUUUUUUUCCUUUUCAUCUUGAUAAUUCACUUGCAAAUAUAGAUAAUAUUUUCAGUGAAACUUAAUAUAUGUGCACAUAUAUGUAUUACUGAUAUUGUGAAAUAUGUAAAAAAAUUUUAAGUAUUUUAUUUUUGUAUCAUUUCUGUGUUUAUUGAUUUAAUGUUUCAACGCACACAUGAAAAAACAGUCACUAUAAUGAAUAACAUAUGGUAAUAAUAGUAAAUAUCAAGGUUUUCUAUCUACAUGUAAUUAACAAUAAGUAAAUGUGAUUUUUAAGUUGUUUUAAAAAAGAUUUAUUAUUUUCAAAGGUCUAUAUAGACCUUUUUCAAAAUGAAUAAAAUAUUUGUUUAUGUACUUAAUGUGAUAGAAUUUUAUACAGCGAGAUGUAUGAAGCUAUGGAUCAAGCAGUAAUACAGCGUAUUUUAUUAUAAGUUUAAAUGUUCCAGAUAAAUUAUUGUAAUCCUUUAUGUCAUCUUUUAUAUUCAUACAACUUUGUAUAAGAUGUUUUGACGUCACACAUCCAUAUUCCAAGAACGAUGGUACUGUAAAAAAAAAUAUGCUUAUUAUGCAUGAUCUUUAACAACACAAAAGAACGUUAUUAUGAAUUCUAAAUUCUUAAAAUAAAGCACAAAUAAA